AUGGAGGACAACACUCAAGUCAGCACCAUGGAGCGUGUGUGCAAAGAUGUACAAGCUCCUGCCAUGUACAAGCCUACCGACGAGCAGUUCUUCGAGGAUGAAACCCAUUCCAAGCCCAACCUUCAGUUCCUCAAGCAACAUUUCUACCGCGAAGGUCGUCUUACCGAGGAGCAGGCUCUUUGGAUUCUUAAGAAGGGUACCGAGCUUCUGCGCGCCGAGCCCAACCUUCUCGAGAUGGACGCUCCCAUCACCGUCUGUGGUGACGUUCACGGACAGUACUACGAUCUCAUGAAGCUCUUCGAAGUUGGUGGUGACCCCUCCGAGACCCGAUAUCUCUUCCUUGGUGACUACGUCGACCGAGGUUAUUUCAGCAUAGAGUGUGUUCUCUACCUCUGGUGUCUCAAGAUUCACUACCCCAAGACGCUCUGGCUGCUGCGAGGAAACCACGAAUGUCGCCACUUGACCGACUACUUCACCUUCAAGCUUGAAUGCAAGCACAAAUACUCCGAGACUAUCUACGAGGCAUGCAUGGAUUCUUUCUGUGCCCUUCCUCUCGCGGCUGUUAUGAACAAGCAGUUUCUUUGCAUUCACGGUGGACUGAGCCCCGAGUUGCACACUCUGGACGACCUCAAGAGCAUUGACCGUUUCCGCGAGCCUCCUACUCAGGGUCUUAUGUGUGAUAUCCUCUGGGCUGAUCCUCUCGAAGACUUUGGCCAGGAGAAGACCAGCGACUAUUUCUUGCACAAUCACGUUCGAGGAUGCUCUUACUUCUUCUCCUACCCUGCCGCUUGUGCCUUUUUGGAAAAGAACAACCUUCUCUCGAUUAUUCGCGCCCAUGAGGCCCAAGAUGCCGGCUACCGUAUGUAUCGCAAGACGCGAACCACGGGUUUCCCCAGUGUUAUGACCAUUUUCUCUGCUCCCAACUAUCUCGACGUCUACAACAACAAGGCCGCCGUUCUGAAGUACGAGAACAAUGUCAUGAAUAUUCGACAGUUCAACUGCACUCCUCACCCUUACUGGCUCCCCAACUUCAUGGAUGUCUUUACCUGGUCUCUUCCUUUCGUCGGAGAGAAGAUUACCGACAUGCUUAUUGCCAUUCUAAGCACAUGCUCAGAGGAGGAGCUCAAGGAGGAGACACCUUCUUCAACCUCUCCCGGACCCGCCUCGCCUGCCCUCUCUAACGACCCCGAGUCAAUUGAGGUUCGACGACGGGCCAUCAAGAACAAGAUCCUGGCCAUUGGUCGCCUGUCUCGCGUAUUCCAAGUGCUUCGCGAGGAAUCAGAGAAGGUCACAGAGCUCAAGACUGUUUCUGGCGGAAGAUUGCCCGCUGGAACCCUCAUGCUCGGUGCUGAGGGUCUCAAGAACGCUAUUAACGGAUUCGAGGAUGCGCGAAAGGUUGAUUUGCAGAACGAGAGGCUGCCACCUACUCACGACGAAGUGGUUAAGCACCAGGAGGAGGAACGAAACACUGCCCUCCAGAAGGCUGCCGAGGACGCCAAUAACGACACGAAGUUGCAGCAACUCUCCAGGAGGCUUAGCACGUAA